AUGAUUCUAGCGCUGUUGGCCCUUCCGGCGCUCGUCGUCGCCGCCGACUACGAUCCGAGCAGAUUCUCGGUUUCCCACGUCUUCUGAAUCGCCCACAACGUCGUCUUUCAGUUCUUCUGCUCCGCCUACGAGAAAAACGGCCAUCGUUACAUGACCGAGUACGACACGGUCAACGGCAGGGGAGAGUUUAUCGAAAUCGCCGCCAUGUGAGUUCCUUUCCUGGUUUCUCUGCGCCCUCUUUUCUCUCGUCGGCGAGAGAAAAGAGGUCGCAGACUGGUCAGACUGCAAGCCAAGGCGAGAAUGAUUGAUUUUUGAUGGAUCAUCAUCAAAAUCAUGAUCAAAUCUUGACCUUGCUCGGCGCUUAGGGCCCUUUAAAAGAUGCGUCAGACUAGAUGCGACUUGCGCGCGACGUUAUGAGAAGAGGGCCCUUCAAAAAUUUUGAAAAGCCUUGAAGGUGCAGGAAAUCGAAAAAAAAAAAACCGGACUUUCCUAUUUUCUGAUAGAAGAUGAGGCCCUGGUGGCAAAGAAAAACUUUUUUUUUAAUUUUUGAGACAUUAUUAGCUUUUAAGCUUCCUCAAGUCAUUUCAGCAAGCGUAAUCCGGUUUGGCUGGCUUCAUUUUUAAAUUUUGAUCCAUCAUAACUUUUUUCUCAGCUGUCCUCGAAACCUUUUGAGCAUAAAAAUGAAAAAAGAGUGAAAAACUACAUCAAAUUUACCUAUUUUUCACCUUUAAAAAAUCCUUUCUCACUCAAAAAUCUUCUAGAAUCAAGGACAAGAAGACGAUUUUCGGCUCGGUCCAGCAAGGAACCGCAAAUUUCUACUUUAAAGGCGAUACCGAGACCCGCAGCGGGAACGCCUAUUUCCUUCUUCACGGCGAUCACUACAAGUGAGUUUUCAAAGUCUAUAUUUAUCCUGUACGGCCGAAAACUUCAAUAAUGAGAUCUUUCAAAGCCCUUUCUUUAUGAAAACCUUUUUAAAAUCUUCUUAAACCACAAUGCUACCAAACAGGCGGCAUUGGGCGUGGCUACAUGCAAUGGGGGCGCGGUUUAUUGCAAUAGGGGCGCGACAGUAAGAGCCGGUUUUUGUGCAUUUACUGGAUGGAAAUAUAUGCCGUGUUCAAUUUGAUUCCGCAAAAUGUAAAAUGAUCUCUGACUGUCCAAAAUUAAGUGAUAUUUUCCUUCCUCUAACGGGUAUUUUGCAUUUCGCGGAAUCAAAUUGAACACGGCAUUAGCGUUGAAUAUUGUUUUUCAAAGCCUUUUCGAAUUUUUAGAAUAUCCCAACAAACUUUAAAAAAAAAAAUAAAUUUUCAGCAUCGUUAGAAAGAUUGCCAAUGCGAAAUCCCAAAUGUGCGCCACCGUGCUGAAAUACGGUGAUAAUAUCAUUGGACUGAUUAAAAGGUUUUUCGCUUUUAUAUAAAUAUCUUUUUUCAAAAACAUAAAAUUCAGAGGAGCUAAGAAGCAAAAGUUUGUCGGAACUCUGGACAGUUCCACGGACACCUUCUACUACCUCGAUCAUGUGGAGCAAAAAAAAGUAUGCUUUUUAGAGAUUAUUCUUGCUCAUUCGAAGUAAUUUCCAGGAAGAUUUGAAAGUUUUCGAUGACAUUGCUGCGGGAAAACUGCACGAGGAUUCGUUCGAGGUUCUCUGCUACGAGGAGCACAAUUAUGCCUAA